AUUCUUCAAUUAAAGGGAAGCAGGCAAAAUCUGCAAAUGCAAAAAGUGCAAUGGCUUUACAUAUAACAGAACCUGUUGCGAGUGAACCUGAAGGGGAGGAAAUUGAUGAGGAUAAUGAUACAGAUAGUGGAGGAGAAAUGGUUGAUGGGAUUUUAUCUGUUGGGGCUAAGUCCACAUAUGAAAUCCCAUCUCAGGAAGAACUUAUUCGGCGUGCUUUUGCUGGUGAUGAUGUUGAAGACGACUUUGAGAGAGAAAAACAAGAUGCCUUGAAUGAGGAAGUUCCCGAGCCUGAAAAACCCCUUUUACUGCCUGGUUGGGGCCAAUGGACCAAUAUACAAAAGAAGAGAGGUCCACCUUCUUGGAUGCUUGCAGAACAUGAUAUUGCCAAAAAGAAAAGGGAAGAAGCUCUCAAGAAGAGAAAAGAUGCAAAUUUGAAUCAUGUUAUUAUCUCCGAAAAGAGGGAUAAGAAGGUUGGUCAUAGACGUAUUUCAUCCUUAACCUGAUUUAAGAAUAAACAU